AGAGCAUGAAUAACGGUACUCCACAAUAUUUACUGAAAUGUUUCAUCGACUCACCGAUGUCGGGCAUCCAUGGCGCAUAUAAUUAAACCACUAAACAGCAAAUACAGGCCUUUUCGCGUGUAGAUUGUUUCGAGUAACGUUACUUCAACGCUAUACGAGCUAUUUAUUCAGUCUUAAAAUGGCCUGGAUCUGGAAGAAGAAGUCAGUGAUAGUGACCAGUCUGAUUGUGGUGGUGUCUCUGUUUUUGGUGGUGAUUAAUUACUCAGAGAAACCCUACUUCCUGCUGCAGCCUGUUUUCGGCCAGAGCUUCAAUAGAAACUGGAUGUUCUCUCGACCACCGCAUAAAGCCUUCAAACCCCACCGCGGCUACCUCAGCGUCCCUAACCAGGAGCCGUUGAAGCUGCGCUGUGAGGUUUGCAGUAUCGUGUCCAGCUCUGGCCAGAUGCUGGGGCGUGAGGCAGGGACUGAGAUCGACCAGUCCUCCUGCAUAUGGAGAAUGAACAACGCGCCCAGCCGGGGCUUUGAGAGGGACGUGGGCCGCAGGACGGACCUGAGAGUGGUGUCUCACACCAGUGUUCCCCUGCUAAUCCAGAAGCCCCAGCACUUCUUCGGCCAGGGGAACGAGACCGUCUAUGUGGUCUGGGGCCCCUUGCGCAACAUGAGGCAGGAUGGCAAGGGCAUUGUGUACAACAUGCUGCGGCAAGCGGUGGAAAACUACCCACAGUCUCGCAUCUACGUCACCACAGAAGAGCGCAUGAAUUACUGCGACACGGUUUUCAAAAAGGAGACAGGCAAAGACAGGAUUCAGUCGGGGUCGUACCUGAGCACCGGCUGGUUCACGCUCAUUCUGGCCAUGGACAUGUGCAAGGAGAUCCGAGUCUACGGCAUGAUCAAUGACACAUACUGCAAAUCAGAAGGCUACCGGAAGGUCCCGUACCACUACUAUGAAGCAGGAAGUCGUGACGAAUGUGCCGAAUACCUCUUGCACGAGAGCGCUCCUUACGGCGGGCACCGUUUCAUCACAGAGAAGGCUGUUUUUGCCAAGUGGGCAAAGACGCACCCUAUUAAGUUUUUCAGUCCGGAAUGGCAGCUGUCAUGACCAAGAGUCCCAUUCCGUCAGAAUAUUCCUUAACAUUACGGCCUUGUUGGCUCUUUCCCCUCUCCAUCUUAAAGUAACACACAUGAAACGUGUCAUGCAGUGGCUAAACGAAACAUUCGAAUGCAAUUUCAAAUGGUUGCUGUCCAAGAAAGUGUCCCAUGAUCGUGACCAUGAGGAGAGGUCUCUAAUGAAACUGGUGUGAUCGAAUAGUGGAUUUAGCAUGCUCUCAUGUUGUUCACAAUCAAGUAGUAUAUAUUUCUUUCAGAGUACAUACACUAAUUGUAGAAAGGAUGGGCUCAGUAGAAAACUAAGUCCUUAUUUUAUCUCUAAUCACCUCACAUUAGGGCUGGCCGAUAUACCAAAUUCUAUAUAAAAAUUAGAAAAUAAUUUUUCAGUGUUUUGAUGAUAUUCACUAAUCAUUUCUUUACAUAUAUGUGCUCUGAAAAUGGCAUGUUCUGAGUUUAAAAAUUCCACGGUAGUGGAAUAAAAAACAGGACUUUUAAAUUGAAAAUGUAACAAAAAAUCAAUUUUUGUUAAAUUGUUUUUAGAAUAUAGUGUCACGUGCGAAACGCUGCAAAAGACGUAAGAACAAUGCCCAAACAUGCCCUGGAAACGUGUAUGAACAGCCCUUUUAAAGGGAGAAUUUAUUUUAUUAUUAUUAUCAAACUAUUUCAACAAUUGUAGCCGAUUAGACUCAAAAUAACAGUAAAAAUCUGUGUAUAACAUUUUUUACUAAAACUUUUUUUUAGACAGCCAUUGCUGCAAUUAGAUUCAGAUUAUUAAAGCAAGUAAAUAGCCUACAGUAAAAAUCAAUACAGUAAAAAUCUGUGCAAAGUUUUUCACUAAAUAAACCCAAAUAUCUAAAACGAAAACAAGUAGCAAACAAACUGCAGAAUCAGAAUUCGAAUUACGUUUUUGCCACUAAAGUCUAAAUCAAAUAUGAUAUUAAAACAUUUCAGUAUAAACACUUUCAUACUAGAGUAUGACACAACGCAAUGGCUAAAUUAAAAGCCCAUUAAAUUAUGCAUAUAUUGUGAAAAUUUGAUACAUCUCCCAGCCCUAGUUUAUUUUCGUCUCAUAGACAAGUACUGGACUGAAACCAAUCUCUUUUUUAAUGGCCGUCAAACAUUUUUCGUCUGUACAAAACCCAUAAAAACCAUUAGCCUCAAAUCCUAAAAAUUCCCAAAGUGACUCGCAUAACUUCCUUUAAACCGCUUAAUAGGUCAUUCAGAACUUAUUAUCUCCUGUUUUUACUUGUGCAAAUGAAUACCUGAGUAGAAUGCAGGUGAUUGUUGAUCUGAGAUUGUUGAUUUUCUGUCGUUAUGUGCCAUGACAAGAAAGCAGCCGUUGCUUACGAUACUGUAUUGUAGGACUACUGUCGACAAAAGACGCAAGGAACGAUUCGGAGCGAGUGAAUGUGGAUGUCAAGACUGUGCCUGUAUGAAGUGUAGCAUUUCGCAACCUAUCCUUCAUUUUUAUGCCUUAUUUGCUUAUUUUUAAAAAAUGACACUCCUGUCCACCCCGUCAGAAUCCUGUAUUCCCGAGAGAUGAAGGUACGCUGUCCCUGUUGUCAGAUCAGCAGGUUAAUUUGAUCAGCUACUGUAGCUAAAUGUCGUAGCAUCAUAUAAACCAGCAGACAAUGCAGCGCCCUUGGGGAUCACCUACUGCUUCGAGACUCCCUCGGAGCUCGUCGUUGUGUGUUUUCCCUUUCAAACACAGCAUGCGCCCUUUUCUUUGCACGUAUCAAGAACGUUCAUCGUCGCCGGUACUGUGUAUGUAACAAGUUUUCGUAUCAGCUUGUGAUUCUGACAUCUUCUGGCAGCUCAGCCCGGACAGCCUUUCUUCUUAUGCACCGACCUGUGCAUGUUUGACCAGCACUGCAACAUCGCCUAAGCACCACCACAGUUUUUCCCUGGAGAGAAAUAUGUUCUGGGUGCACUAGAGAGAAUAUGAGACUGAUACACUGAACGGAAAGGAGGUGUCACUGCUGGAACACAUUGAUGUGAAACUACUCACGCCUCUGGCCAACCUGUUCAUUAAAACAAUUGAUGCCAGCUCAAUUUCUCAGAGUGCUGACCUGGGAUCAUCAUCUUUCGUCUGUAUUGAUUUUGUUCACCAUGUGGUAUAUAAAAAAAGAGAGCUGGUCAACAAAAGGCACUUCCACUCGAUGUAUUUUUGACUUUAGCUUCUGCUGUUCAUGCCUCAGUUUCACUUGAUGUUCUCAUGAUAUACACUACAUGGACGGUAUGGAAGUAUGUGGAUGCACUGCAAAAAAUCAUUGUUUUUCAGUAUAUUUUUGUCUUGUUUCCCCUUAAAACAUAGACAAAAUACAUUUGCUGGAGGUAAAUAAUGAGAUUUAGCUGAUUUUAUUUCUUAAGCUAAUAUUCACUACCGUUAAAAAUUUGGGGG